UUCAGAUUGGACUUCAGGCCAGAAGAAGGUCGCUACGACUUGCACAUAUCCAACGUUAGCUAUGAGCGGGACGAUGGCAAGUUCGAAUGCCGCCUCAAAGUCAGCGGUAGCGGGAAAGACAUCCAUUCCCAAGCCUACAGGGUCACCGUCCUCACACCACCUGGAGCACCCCGGGUAGGACCCUCGUCGAGUCCCACCGCAACGGAAGGGAAACCUCUGGAUCUCACCUGUACCUCAAGAGGUGGAAGUCCGGACCCCAUGGUCAACUGGUACAGGCAAGGGCAGCCAGAGCCCAUCGAAGGUGCCAAGACAACGGUGGUCGAGAACGGGGUGAUGACGACACUCUCGCUGAAGCCGGACAAGAUGGACGACGGAGCAGUCUUCAAGUGCAUGGUCUGGAACCGAGCGAUGCCUUCAGGGGCCAAGCUCGAAUCCACGGUCACCCUUAACGUCAAUUAUUACCCAAGAGUUGAUGUCGGGCCUGAUAAUCCUAUUCGUAUUGAGAGAGAUGGCACCGCAGUACUUCAGUGCAAUGUGGAUUCAAAACCAAGAGUAAAUAACGUCAGAUGGAUCAGGGAUGGGAGAUUUAUUUCUACUUCUUUCAAACACACAAUCCAAAAAGUAACCAUACAAGAUUCAGGAAAAUACAGAUGCUCAGCCGAUAAUGGUCUUGGCCAAUCAAAGGAGGCCGAAGUCUACCUCGAUGUUCAGUACCCUCCCCAAGUUACUGUAGAAAGUGGUCCUGGUGUCGCCAAGCAAAAGGAAGCAGAGGAAGGUGAAAGUGUCACAAUAAAAUGUAAUGUAUCUGCUAAUCCUCCCCCGAUUACGGUUGAAUGGUUACGUGAGGGAAGACCAGAUUUCAGACAAAAUGGUGAAGUACUUAAACUGAACAGAGUUUCAGCAGAUGCUGCAGGGGCAUACAUCUGUAGAGCUACUAAUGUGCUCAAUCCCACUUCUCCUUCAAGACAAAGAAUCAACAAAGUCGGUAAUGACUCGGUGACACUCCUUGUACGCCACAGACCUGGCAAAGCUCAGAUUACUCCUGACAGGCCGAUCGCAUCUGAAGGAAACGGUGUCACUCUUACAUGUUCUGCAACCCCUCCAGGAUGGCCCACACCACAAUAUAGAUGGUGGCGAGAGCUCGAGGAUGCUACUCCUUCUACACAAAUUACUGUACUCGCUACUGGUCCUAAAUAUAAUAUUCCAUCUGCACACCUAGGCAGUGAAGGGAAAUACCAUUGUGAAGCAAAUAAUGAAAUGGGCCAUGGUGAAAAAGCUACUGUUGUCCUUACUGUAUACCAACCUCCUCGGUUUCUUGUGAAGCUACAGCCUCAUGUUACUAAAAGGAUCGGUGAUAAGGACUUCAGUAUUACUUGUGGUGCGCAAGGAAAACCCAAACCUUCAAUUAGAUGGUUAAAGGAUGGAAAAGAAAUUAUUCCUAAAGGCGGAAAUGAUCUUACCGGCAAGCUGUUUGAUAUUUCAACUGAUGAAUCAGCAGGGCGUAAUCAAGUUUACACAGUUCAGAGUACGUUAAGAUUUGAAGGUCGUGGACGUCCUGAAGGUGAUCAGUUAAUUCCAGCUGACAGAGGAGUUUAUGCUUGUAUUUUUGAAAAUGAAGUUAAAAGAGCCGAAACUACUAUGCAUCUUAGAAUAGAACAUGAGCCAAUCACGUUACACAGGUACAAUAAAGUAGCUUAUGACCUCAGAGAAACCGCUGAAGUAAUCUGUAAAGUUCAAGCUUAUCCAAGACCAGAAUUUCAAUGGAGUUAUUCGACAAACACGGCACCCCUUCUCGCUGGAGCAGAUGGUCACUAUGAGAUAAACACUACCGUCAACGAAAGUGGAGGAGACAUUUAUACAAGUGUACUUCAGAUUUCUCAUCUGCGAACUGCUGAUUAUGGUGAAUAUAAUUGCCGAGUUGCUAAUACGCUCGGAAGUGUCAAGACUCAGAUCAGGCUUCAACCGAAAGGCCCCCCAGAAAAACCAGAGGAUCUUACAGCGAUAGAUAUUGGCCAUUCAUAUAUUACACUUCAGUGGACACCUGGUUUUAACGGAGGACUUACGAGUACGAAAUAUUUUAUUUCUUAUAAAAGGGUCCUUACAAUGCACAACGAUGAUUGCUAUACUCCUAGAAAACCCGGAAGUGGUGUUGAAAGCUGGCAUGAAUUUGACUGUCAGACAAAAAAUCCGUGUAAUGUCACUAGUCUUGAACAACAUCAAAGUUAUCUAUUUAAGGUAAAAGCAUACAAUACAAAAGGGCAGAGUAACUUUUCUGAUGAAACAGCUGCAAUGACUAAGGUUGAUAGAAUACCGGCACCGCAAAGAGUCACUUUUGAUCCUGAAUCACAUGAGCUUACAAUUAAUAUUGCAGCCACAUGUCUUCAAUUGGUCGCCAUGGUUGAAGUAUCUACAAGUGUCUACGAACACGAAUGGAGACUUGUUGAAACUAUGUCAAUAUCACCUUCUGGUGCUUCAUCGAGAAAAGAAGCGACAAUACUCUCUCUGAUGCCAAGAAGAGCUGCCAAGACAUCGGGAAGGUCUCUUGAAAUGCCAAGCGAAGAAAACAUUCUUGAUGACCAUAAUUCGGACUCUGUAAGAGUUAGAGUCAGAUAUUGCCUUCAAUCUAACAAAGAUACUUGUGGAGACUAUACUGAAGCAGAGAUUGGUCCAGCAUUCAUAAAAGAAGCUUCAACGAUCGCGAUGCCGACAUUAGUGGCUAUUGUGGUGUCUUGUGUUAUCUUCAUACUCUUCAGUGCUCUAGCUGUCGUAUUUUGUUGCUGUAGAAAGACUCAAGUCAAGAAAGCAACUGGAAAAGACUAUGAAAUGGAAUCUUCAACUGUACACCCAAGUAUUGUUCAGCAAGCACCACCUCCUUACUAUCCUGCAUCAGGAAUGGAAAACAAAGCUCUUGAACAUUCGAUGGAUCUGGCCCUAGACGACAACAAACAAACGGCCAUCUAUGCCUCUCAGAACAGUUACGGUUACCACGUUAGCCAGCCAACGCACACCAACGGUGGAGAAUGGGUCAACAUGGGCUAUAUGGAGAACAGCUACUCUAACUCCAACAAUGGUGGCUCGGUCAACUCCCAGGACUCUCUUUGGCAGAUGAAGAUGGCAGCACAGGCAAACAAUGCAGCCAACCUCGCAGCUUCUCAGGAACAUCAUCACCACCACAUAAGCGACAGAAACCAUUAUGGUGUGUACGACCCAUUGACCCAUGGCGGUUACGGAGGAGUUGACGACUACGCUCCUUACCCACACCUCCUGCCCCCGGCUACACCGGACUACUCACGUAGCAACAACCCCUCACGCCAGGAGUAUCCUCAAGACAGGCAGCACCACAUUGAAAGCCCUUAUCAUGACGUAAACGGAUUGCCCAACCCCUACCUCGAUCAUCACAUGAUGAUGGACCCAGAGGACAACCUUAAACAACAGCCUCCCCCACAACACAUGCAAAUGUCUUUUGAUGAAACGCUCGAAUCUGGGUAUUCCACCCCUAAUUCACGUGCUGGUCGAUUGAUAAGAGAGAUAAUUGUCUGA